GAGACACCGUGCACAGACUCCUGCCCAGUUUCCGAGGUCUCCACAGCAGCCCUUGAGACCGCGCCCCAGAGAGCUUCAGGAUGGCCGAGGAAAAGGGUGAAAAGCUCGCGCUGGAAGAAACUGCGUUUGAGGAAAUCGAAAAAGAUUUUCAAGAGGUUCUCAGUGAACUUUCUGGUGACAAAAGUCUGGAAAAAUUUAGAGUCGAAUAUGAGAAGCUUCACACCAUUAUGAAAAAGUCGUACGACAAUGAGAAGCGCCUGAUGGCCAAGUGCAGAGAGCUGAAUGCAGAGAUUGUGGUUAAUUCUGCGAAGGUCGCCACUGCCCUGAAGCUGUCUCAGGAUGACCAGACCACCAUCGCGUCUUUGAAGAAGGAAAUUGAGAAGGCCUGGAAGAUGGUGGACUCGGCCUACGACAAGGAGCAGAAGGCCAAGGAGACGAUUCUGGCCCUGAAAGAGGAAAUAGUCAACCUAACCAAGCUCGUCGAGCAGGGUUCUGGACUGUCACUGAACCAGGACAGCAAUAUCCGAGAUUUACUGAAGUUCAAAGAAGAAGUGACCAAGGAGCGAGAUCAGCUGCUGUCAGAGGUGGUGAAGCUACGAGAGUCCUUAGCUCAGACCACGGAGCAGCAGCAGGAGACAGAGCGAGCCAAGGAGGAUGCCGAGCAGACCAUCAAUCAGUUCCAACAAGAAAUCCAGCAUCACCAGAAUGAGGCAUCGCGAGAGUCUCGGAAGAAGGAGAAACUGGAGAAAGAGCUCAAGCAAAUUCAGACGGACAUGGACACGAGGCAGACGGAGAUCAAGGCGCUGCAGCAGUACGUGCAGAAGAGCAAGGAGGAGCUGCAGCGGCUGGAGCAGCAGCUCAAGGAGCAGAAGGCGAGCGCGCCCGGCCGUGAGGUGAUACUGAAUGAGAGAGCUGCAAAGGAACUCGAGCAGUUCCAGAUGAGAAAUUCGAAACUUCAGCAGGAGAACGAGCAGCACACUUUGGUUUGUGAGCAGCUGUCCCAGGAAAACCAGCAGAAGGCGCUGGAGCUCAAAGCCAAAGAGGAGGAGGUCCAUCAGAUGCGUCUUGACAUUGGGAAGCUCAACAAAAUUAGAGACCAAAUCCACAAGAAACUGCAUCAGGUCGAGGACCAAAAGACAGAGGUGGAGCAGCACAAGGAGACCCUAAAAAAUCAGAUCUUGGGGUUAGAGAGAGAGGUGGAGACUUCGAAGAAACAAGCAGAGCUUGAUAAGAAGGCGAUGGACGAGCUGCUGCGCGAAAGGGACAUCCUGAAUAAGAAUAUGCUUAAGGCCAUCAGCGCGACCCAGAAGCAGAUAGACCUGGUCAAGCUCCACGAGCAAACCAAGCGGAAUCUGGAAGAGGAAAUCCACAACUACAAGGAGGAGGCCCAGAAGCAGCGGAAGAUCAUCUUCCAGCUGGAGAAGGAGCGCGACCGGUACAUCAACGAGGCCAGCGAAUUCACCCAGAAGCUCCUUGCGAACAUGGAAGAUAUAAAAGUCCGUGAAAUGCAGAUUUUUCACUACAAGAAAAAAAUAGCUGAAUCGGAGACUAAAUUGAAGCAUCAGCAGAACCUGUACGAAGCUGUGAGGUCCGACAGGAAUCUGUGCAGCAAGAACCUGGUGGAGGCGCAGGAUGAAAUCACAGAAAUGAAGAGAAAGUUAAAGAUUAUGACCCAUCAAGUAGAUCAACUGAAAGAAGAGAUCUCUACCAAAGAGUCUGCCCUGGUGAAGCUGAAUUUGGAGCAGCAGCGAAUAGAAAAGGAGAAAGAAACCCUGAAGGCUGAGCUGCAGAAGCUGAGGCAACAAGCUCUGGAGACCAAACACUUCAUUGAAAAGCAAGAGGCCGAAGAGAGGAAGCUCUUGCGGAUCAUUGCGGAAGCUGACGGGGAGAGGCUGCGGCAGAAGAAGGAGCUGGAUCAGGUCAUCAGCGAACGAGACAUCCUGGGCUCUCAACUUGUGCGGCGCAAUGACGAGUUGGCGCUGCUCUACGAGAAGAUAAAGAUCCAGCAGUCGGUGCUGAACAAGGGCGAGAGCCAGUACAACCAGAGGCUGGAGGACAUGCGCAUCCUCAAGCUAGAGAUCAAGAAGCUCCGCCGGGAGAAGGGGAUUCUGGCCAAGAGCGUGGCGAACGUGGAGGAGCUCAGGCAGGAGCUUUUUCACAUGCAGAGAGAAUUCUUGAAGGAGAGGACCCGAUGCCGAGCUCUGGAGGAGGAGCUGGAGAGCCCCAUGAAUGUGCACCGGUGGCGGAAGCUCGAGGCCAGUGACCCCAGUUCCUUUGAGCUGAUACAGAAAAUCCACGCCCUGCAGAAGCGGCUCAUCAGCAAGACGGAGGAGGUGGUGGAGAAGGAGCUGCUUCUGCAGGUACUCGGCGCUGCUCUCGCGCGCGCGUGCGCCUGCCGGGGCUCCUCUCGGGCGGCUCGCGGGGUCACAUGCCCCGCACUUACCUCUGCCAUGAGCUACCAGCUGUCAUUUGCCAUGCUCUUCUGCCACAAUGUUUGUGCCCUGGACCCCGCUGAUCACUGUGGAAACCUCUGA